AUGGCAGAUAUCAUAUCGAUAGAUCAUGCUACUCCUCACAAGCACCGUAUCUGGGAACCAGAUCCUGCAGGUCCAGGAGGGAUGACUAAUGAUGUCAAAACUGCUGUUAGCCAAAUGGCUGCGAAAGAUGAACAUAACGGUGCUCACGUUCACACAUUCGACCCAGACGCUACUCCAGAACAAAAAGCAGCUGCAAAAGCAGACGCGAAAGCUGCUUUAGGUCUACCUAGUUCAAGUACGAUAAAAGCUACUUUAGGUCAAGUUGGAAGUUAUGUCCCUGGAGCAACGAAAAAAGAAAAUCUGGACUUAGGACCCAGAGCUGUUACGCUCGACACUUCAACCAGUACAUCAGCUCCUCUACCUACAGUGUCACUUGCAGACGUAGAUAAAGCUUCUAAAGCGGAAGGACAAGGUGCUGGUGACGAAAAUAUACCUGGAGCAAUUCCAGUAGGCGCUGCACCACCUGUUCCUACUUGGGUCAAAACAGGAUGGAGACAGGUAGCAGAUCUAGGUAAAGACGAUAAAACUGCCGAGGAAGCGAGCAUACUUGCUCAUUAUGUAUCCGAAAACAUGUAUGGAGCUUGGUUUCAUAAUGCUGGAAUAAUUAUAUUCGCAAUUCUUACUACCCGUUUCUUCACUGUCUUUCAACUUGGGUGGGGAUGGAUAGUAGUCCUCCUCGCAUUCUGCUCUUCAUACUAUUCCUUAUCCAUCUCAAGGACAAGACAAAGAGCGAGAGAUGAUAUUCAAAGGGAAUUGGUCAAAACUAGAUUAGUGACAGAAACGGAAAGUGCUGAAUGGAUGAACAGCUUCUUAGAAAGGUUCUGGUUGAUUUACGAACCAGUUCUCAGUCAGACUAUCAUCGCUAGUACAGAUGCCGCUCUUGCCGGUGUAGCUCCAGCUGGAGUCGAGAGUAUUAGGUUAACAACUUUCACUCUUGGUACAAAAGCACCACGUAUUGACUAUGUUCGGACUUUUCCAAAGACCCCCGAGGAUAUCGUCAUUAUGGAUUGGGCUCUUUCGUUCACCCCCAAUGAUCUUCAAGAUGUUACCCCGCGCCAGGCUGCCAAGCGGGUCAACCCAAAGAUUGUUCUUACUAUUCGUGUAGGUAAAGGUGCGGUAUCAAAGGGUAUUCCCAUUCUACUCGAAGACAUGAGCUUUACUGGUAAAAUGAGAGUUAAACUCAAGCUCAUGACUAAUUUCCCUCAUGUACAAACUGUCGACAUGUCCUUCAUCGAGAAACCUACUUUCGAUUACGUGCUCAAACCUCUUGGUGGUGACACAUUCGGGUUUGACAUCAACAAUAUCCCAGGUCUGGCACCUUUCAUCAGAGAACAAGUCCACGCCAAUCUCGGUCCAAUGAUGUAUGAUCCUAAUGUCUUCACGAUUGAUCUGCAACAACUCUUAUCUGGAACUCCCCUCGAUGCCGCCAUCGGUGUAUUGCGAAUUACUAUUCUCGAUGCCAGGGGCCUCAAAGCCACCAAAUUCGGUGGAGGUGAACCGGAUCCUUACGUUGCUGUUGCACUUGGUGCUAAACCCUCUAUCACCCAUACCAAAACGAUUCCUUCGACCUCCAAUCCAACCUGGCAUGAUACACAAUUUCUUCUUAUCAAUUCUCUUGCAGAUGUACUCAACUUCAAUAUCUUUGACUACAACGAACAUCGACCUGACAGUCUCUUGGGUACUGUCUCUCACGAGCUAGGUACUCUGUCAGACGAUGCUGAACAAGAAGGCAACGUCGGCAAAAUUCUUGGAGGUGGUAAAGACCGUGGCGAAUUGCGAUAUGACUUAUCCUACUUUCCUGUCCUCAAGCCUGAGAAGAAUCCGGAUGGCACCCUGGAACCUCUCCCUGAAACACACACAGGUAUCGUUCGACUUACUCUUCAUCAAGCGAAAGAUCUCGAUAUAUCUAGAAAGUUUGGUGACCUCAAUCCAUUCGCAAAGGUUUACCUUGGAAAUGCUAGAAACGAAGUGCACAAGACGAAUAUUGUCAAACAUGCCAAUCAACCCAUUUGGGAAUCAUCUUGCGAAUUCUUAGUUUCCGAGAAGAACAACAGUGUGAUCACGAUCAAGGUUGUCGAUUCCAAGGACUUUGCCACUGAUCCAGACUUGGGUAAAGUUACUGUCAAGCUUACCGAUUUACUGGAAGCUCGAGCCAGACAACAAGAUUGGUUCCCUCUCAAGGGCAGUCGAGCUGGAAAGAUCCGCUUGACGGCAGAGUGGAAACCUGUAGCUAUGACCGGUUCAGUAGCUGGUGCUGCAGCAUACGUCCCUCCGAUUGGUAUAUUACGACUUUGGUUGAAGAAGGCUGUUGACGUCAAGAACGUCGAAGCUGCCCUUGGUGGUAAAUCAGAUCCAUACGUGCGAGUAAUGGGUAAUAACAGAGUUUUGGCAAGAACAGAAGUCAUGAAUAAUAACUUGAAUCCAGAAUGGGAUCAGAUCGUUUACGUACCAAUACAUAAUUUGAGAGAAAGCGUGAUACUUGAAGUGAUGGAUUAUCAGAAUAUCGGAAAAGAUAGAUCAUUGGGAUACGUCGAAAUCAAAUCAUCAGAGUUCGCAGAAACCGAUUCAGAAGAUAAUCAAUUCCCAUAUAAAUCAAAAGGUGUUUCAGAAAGAAGAGAUAAAAUCAAAUUGGAUAAAGCAAAUCACUUUAAAGGAGAAUUAAUUUAUCAAGUUGAUUUCAAGCCUGCUUUAUCAUUUAAAGGAGGUGUAAGCUUUGAAGCUCAAAAGAAUGAACUUGACUUAGCUGUGGAAGAGGCUUUAUUAAAUGAUAACAAUGAUGGAGGUAUAGAUGGUGAAAAUCAUUCUUUAUACACAAAUGGUGAUCAAUCUAUCAAUAGUCCCAUCAGCCCAACUGCAAUCUCAUCAAUUAAUGGAAAUGGAAAUGGAGAUCGAAGAACAUCAACGAUUGGACAUAAACCCUCUGGAUCUUUAAGUGGUAGGCCAUCAACCGUUGGACAUAGACCUUCUCAAAGUAUCGGAAACGCCUCUAUGGUUUCGGCUGUCACAGCCCAAACUACCUUGUCGGUAGCCGAUAGUAGAGCAUUAACUCCUGUUGAAGAUGCCGAAAAAGGUGUUGAGUUGAGUAUAGAAGAAAUCAUGGCUUCUCAAUCCGGUGUUCUAGUCUUCCAAGUUAUCUCUGGGCAACUCGCCAAGAAGGGUUCAUUGGAAGUGAUGUUUGAUGAUGGUUAUUGGCCCAGUUUUACUUCUGGUAAAGCCAGAAGUAAUCAUCCUACAUGGGAUCAAGUGGGAGAAGGCUUUAUCCGAGAGUUAGACUUCAGUCGUACUUGGUUACGAAUAAACGCUUCUGAUGAGAAUGAAGAUGAUAUAGUGGCAGAAUUCAAGUGUGAUACCAAGGACUUUUUGGAGCAAUGCAUUCGAGCUCCAGCCGACUUUGUGCUUUCACAACCCGAUGGAUCGAAUAGAACUAUCGUAAAACUAGCCGCUAGAUUCGUUCCUGUUGAUAUCACCCUUGAACCAAGAGAGAGUAUCAAUAACAUGGGUGUUCUACGAGUUCAUGUGAACAAUGCAAAGGGACUUCACGGUGCUGACAGAAGUGGAAAAAGUGAUCCUUACGUUAUCUUCACGCUAAAUGGUAUGAAAGUCUUCAAAUCUGAGACGAAGAAGAAAACUCUAUCACCCGUCUGGAAUGAACAGUUCGAAUGUAUGAUACCAUCUCGAGUAGCUGCCAAAUUCCGUUUCGAAAUCAUGGACUGGGACAGGGUCGGAAGCGCCACUCCCAUCGGUAGCGGUAUGAUCGAUUUAGCUGCCUUAGAGCCCUUUGAGCAGACUGAAUUGACCUUACCUGUUGUUUCGGAGAAACAUGGCGAGAAAGGUUCUUUGGAUGUCAAGGUCUUGUUCCAACCUGAGAUUAUUGCUCGAACUCGGAUGAAGACAUCAACCUUUUCACAAGCUGGAAGGGUAGUGACCCAAAUCGGAGGAGUACCCCUAGGAGUCGGCAAAGGCGUUGUACAUGGGGGAGGAGCUGUUAUAGGUGGUAAGAAAGACAAAUCAGGAAAAGAAGUCUUGGUUGAGCCUUCAACAGGGACAGAAUCUCCUUUACCUAUAAAUCAGGCAUCCGAACCCUCUGUCAUCGCUCCAGAAUUAGAAGGACCAUCACAAUCGCUGGGACUAACUCCAGGAUCGAAUUCAACUACAUUACCAAUAGGAGAAGGAAAUACACCCAAUGAGCCUAGCACUUUGUCAAUAACAGUUUUAGCCGCUAAAGAUAUCAAAGCCGGUACAAAACCUUAUGUCCAAAUCAAACUAGGAGGCAAAACCCACAAAACAGAUCAUGUGAAAGGAUCAAUGCCUGAAUGGGACGAAACUUUCAAUUACAACGUAGCUCCUGGUACCACUUCAUUCAACGUGACAGUCUAUGACCAUCACACACUAGGAAAGGAUUCUGAAUUGGGUACUGCUGAAAUUGAUAUAUUCAGUCAUGUUCAACCUGCCAUUCCAAAUGCGGAUGUAUGGGUUGAACUCGGUGAUGGGAAUGGAUCAUUACGAUUGAGAUUGGAUUGGAAUAAUUCGUCAAAUACCACAACUGGGAAAUUGAGGAAUAGAACCCCUAGUAUCUCGUCUACCAAAGUGAAUGACAGCCCCAGUAAAUUUAGCAUGAAAAGUUUGAAGAAGGGUAGUGGUAGCGGUAAUGCCAAUGGUAUUGCCAAUGGUAUUGGCAGUGUUGAUAAGUCUGAAGAUUGA